AUGGCUCGUACCAAGCAAACUGCCCGUAAAUCCACUGGUGGUAAGGCACCAAGAAAGCAACUUGCUUCCAAGGCUGCCCGCAAGAGCGCUCCUUCUACAGGUGGUGUCAAGAAGCCCCACAGAUAUAAGCCAGGUACCGUCGCUCUCCGUGAGAUCCGUCGUUACCAAAAGUCGACCGAGCUCUUGAUCCGAAAGCUCCCUUUCCAGCGUCUCGUUCGUGAAAUCGCCCAAGAUUUCAAGUCUGACCUCCGUUUCCAAUCUUCCGCCAUCGGUGCUCUCCAAGAGUCCGUCGAGGCUUACCUCGUCUCCCUCUUCGAAGAUACCAACUUGUGCGCCAUCCACGCCAAGCGUGUCACCAUCCAAUCAAAGGACAUCCAACUUGCCCGUCGUCUCCGUGGUGAGCGUGGUUAA